CAAGUAAAUAUUACUUUCUUCAGAAAUCAAAAACAAUCUUUCUGUAAACUCAAUUCUUGCUAAUCCCUAGAAACAAAAUGAUGGCUCUAGAAAUAUUACGUCGAGCCCCAAUUAGAGCUCAACUGGUUCCCUUUAUGAACUCUGCGUUUGUGCGAGAGCAGCAGACCAUGCACAAUGUGGAUAAGCACGGUAUGCCGCCCAAGAAGGGCUAUUCUCCAUUUGGCAGGCAACAGGUCGGCUGGGCUGAGUGGACGGUGACGCGACUGGAUGAUUUGCUGAACUGGGGUCGCAAGGGCUCGCUGUGGCCCAUGACCUUUGGCCUGGCCUGUUGCGCCGUGGAAAUGAUGCACAUUGCCGGGCCACGCUACGAUAUGGAUCGCUUUGGCGUCGUCUUCCGCGCGUCGCCACGUCAAACGGAUCUCAUCAUUGUGGCCGGCACCUUGACCAACAAAAUGGCGCCGGCCCUGCGCAAGGUCUAUGACCAAAUGCCCGAACCGCGCUGGGUCAUCUCAAUGGGCAGCUGCGCCAACGGCGGCGGCUACUAUCACUACUCCUACUCGGUGGUGCGCGGCUGUGAUCGCAUUGUGCCCGUCGACAUCUAUGUGCCCGGCUGCCCACCCACUGCCGAGGCACUGCUCUAUGGCAUCUUGCAGUUGCAGAAGAAAAUCAAACGUAUGAGGACCCUACAGAUGUGGUACAGAAAAUAGGGCAACAAUUUUAUAAGCUACCAUGUUGAAUAUAUAAAUAUACAUGUCCAUAAAUUUAA